GGCAGAACAGACAGUUAUGACAUGGGGUUUUUUUUAAACAUCAAGUCAAGCCAUUGAUUCAACUAGACAGCCUGGCCAUCCAUGCCGAAAGGCAAGAUGCGCCUGGCGAACGGCUAUCAUACCCCGCUAAUGCUACUUGCCUAGAACACACCUACCGAGCGAGCUUAGCUUCCGAGCUAGGUACCCUUUUCUCUUUGACCAAGUACCUUUUUCCCCUCUCAACAUACUUACCGGUACAUCAAGUAGGUAGUACAUGCCUUGCCAAACCCCAGACUAAUCGGUUUUGGGCAAGGUUCGCCAGCCCCAAAAGUACCUUAUCUUGGGUGAGAUACUCCGUAGUCGAGGCAAAGCAGCCUUACCAACCAACCAACCACCCAAUCGCACCGCCAAUCUACGCCUGCCGUCCCUUCUUUUCUUUCUAUCCGCAUGACUCUCGGAUGGCUGAUGAGAGACACCAUCCUCGCUACUACUAUUAGGCUACUGACAGAAGCUGGCCUUUGUGGCCGAAGUAGCGGCACAUACCAAGCAACUACCACGUACGACAAGAAGGGUUGGGUUGUAGUCCGUCGCCUCCUCCUCUUCUACAUUGUCGGGGUGUAGUCUGUCUCUCUUGAAGCUUUUCUUAAGCUGUUGCAGCUUAUACAUCUUCAUCUCUACCCCGUUUCCCUUGUUCAAUUCAGAUUUUAUCACCAACAACAAAACCGAAGAAUGAAACUUGCAAGAUCCUAGAAGAUCUCCCAAGGAAGAAACGAAUAGCACACCGGUCCAGCCAAACGCCACCCACGCGACUUCCCACCGACUCAAGUCACACCACCAAACCCCUCUUCUUCAGACAGGAAAAGGGACCUGCUUACCUUGCCUUGUCAUUUUUUCUGCCGACCUUGCCUUUUCGUCCGCCAUUCUAUCCUUCCUCGCUUGUUGAUUUUUUUUAUUUGGGGUUUGAUUCAACUACCACGUACCUUACCUACGUACCUUUGAAACCCCUGUCUCCUCACUGUAACCCACUCGAGAAACUCCGCUUCCGCCCACCCCGCAAAGCAAACGUUAUGAAGGUCGAACCGCGCAACCAGUCCGAAAACAACGACCUCCUUGGCUACCGCGCGGAUCCUCACUUCCCCCACAUAAAACAUCUCCAGCAGCCCGCCCAGUCCACCGAGGACAAGCACGCUCAACCACCGGUGACGUUUCGGGGUUUCGACGUCGAGCCCGCCGCGGCGCUCGACAUCAGCAUCAUGGGUCUCGCGUAUAACACGUACCUGAACAGCAACAAAAUAUUCGGCUGCAAGAACUGCAAAGCUCACCUCUCUAAUCACGAGGACAUAAUCAGUCGUAACUUCCGCGGUCAACAUGGGAAGGCUUACCUCUUCAGCAUGGUGGUCAACGUCGAGACGGGCGAGCCCAACGAGCGUAACAUGACGACCGGUCGCCACAUUGUCAGGGACAUAAUGUGCAAGCAGUGCAAGGAGAUCGUUGGCUGGAAGUACGACAAGGCCUUUGAGGCUACGGAGAAGUACAAGGAGGGCAAGUUCAUACUCGAGGCCGAGUUGCUGUGCAGUGUAUCUUGAGCGCCCUGGGAUGAGAUGUUGAGAUAGGGGGUGCGUAGAGUACACUACUGCAAAGCAAGGGUAUGUUUCUAUUUACAUAGGCGACCAGUCCGCCACGGUAGGACUAGCCUGUUACACCCGAUGGUGCGCUCUUGUCUUUGCCAUGAGCCAUGGGGAUGUCGGAGGUGUGCCUAUUUUGUCACAUAUCUAUCCGAUUUCCCUUUUCAUAUGCAGAUUCGAAAUGUGGUGUUUUUUUUUCUUCUUUUUUUUACCCCCAGUUGGGGAAGACUGGACUUCUUUUAGUUUUUCUCUUGUUUCAUAUGGAGAGUUUUCACAAGGCGUUUAGAACGUCUUUACAUGGAUUGCGAUGAGGUUUAACCUUGGUUCAUAGGAAUACAGUACGAUGAUGAAUCAUACACCAUCGAAAUACACUUGUUUUAACAAACAAUUAUUACAAAGUAAUACAUCCG